UAAGGAUCAUCAUCCUAGGUUCCCUCGUGUUGGACGGAAUGCGCGAACGACUGCCAGGUAAAGGUGAGUAUGAGUUGCUACCGAAGUCAGCUGCCCCAAGGCCCAGGGUCUAUAUCCGUGACCUUUUCCAACUUCACCACAGUCAUCACUCUCCUCUUUAUCACUCUCCUCUUCACCAGUCUCUACCCCACCCCAGGACAAGUACUGCCAGUCGCCUGCCAUGAUCUCAAUUGCACCGCAAUCGCAGCAUACAACCCCUCCAGAAAACAGUCAACGAGACCCACCAUCAGCCAUGUGUGUGGCGUACCGAACCCCAUGUCCUGCGCCUGAAGCUCAACUUUCAAUUCGUCAGUGGCAUUUCGCUCAGGCACUAUAAUUCUCAUGCUGAUGAUAUCAUAGCAGAGCAGAC